AAUCAGUAUCGUUCAGGCCCCGUUCGAAUGAGACCCGUUCCAUGUGACUGAUAUAGGGGCUUGACGUCCGAAUUAAAUAGGAUGGGGUAGGAAGGAGAUCGUUGAUCUGCCCUCCCUCCCUUGGAGUGGUGUACCCCGUUUGUUCUCGCAUACAUAGAACUUUUGGUGGACGGAUGAUGCCGGCACUAGAGCAAAGGACAGACCACCACCUUCAUCAUCGGCUGUACAAACCAUGGGAUCACAAAUCUUUGCCAGAGAGGUGAUCACGAGGAUAGUUGCUAGUAUUAUUGGAGAUGGAGAGGCUAUUCCACUUUCGGAAGUUAGAUCACGUGGCGGCAUCCGCCAAACUUCUUCUCCGAAAUAACCCCAGUCAACAUCUUUGAAGGAAUCGCAUUGCCAAUUCUUCCACAGAGUUCCAGCCGCAAAAAUGGCAAAGAAAGCCAAGUCACGUACCAUCAUUGUCCGCCUGAUAUCCAUGGCGAUGACCGGCUACUACCGCACAAUGAUUCGCCCUCGUACCCAUCGUCCCCUCAGCAUGUUGAAAUACGAUCCUGUUGUUAAGAAGAAGGUGCUGUUCCUGGAGGCAACAAAGGGUGGAAGAGCAAAGUGAUUCUCCCUUCCCUUCCUCGCCGAACUUUUUCCUCUUCAUCGGGCCAAAUCCGAACGCCGCGAAGAAUCUCCAACCGCCGGUCCAGCUUAAUUCCAAUUACGACUCGAUCCAUUGCGUGGAUUACGCGGAUUACCAUCAAUACCCCGAAGCGGAGCCAUGCAGUGUUCUGCUCCCCUCUUGUUGAGUGAACGACGAUCAUGUACAUUAGACACACCAGCGAGGGCUACAUUUGGACCCUUAUUUUCUGCUUUUAUUUUUGAGCUGUAUAAGUAUCACGGUGUUACAUUCUGGCGUUAAGAACAGUACAAACUUGGUCAAUAAAUAUCCUUCAUAUCAUAUACUUUCGGAUCAUACUCGUCAUUGAUUAGGCAAAUGCUUUUUUCACGUCACCCCCUCGGGAUCGAAAAUAUAGAGAUUCCU